UUAAAUAUUAUUUUAUUUUCAAAUUUAGCUGUCUUUUUUAUUAAACUUUAAUAUAAUCUAUCAAUAUGUCUGAAGAAAAAAAAAAAAAAGCAUCUAGUGCAGAAUGGGAUGAAAGAAGGGAUAAAAUUCGAGAACUCAUUAAAGAUCAUAUGAAAGCCAAUGAAUCUGUAAUACAAAGUAAAAUUAAAAAAACUGGAAUUGAAGGGCAAUUAGAAUCAAGUGAUGAAAAAUUGAAGGACCUCAUAGAGUUUGGCGAUGAGUUGGUGACAAAUAUAAAAGUUGCAGGUGAAAUGCGUGAAAUUCAACGCCGAAGUUUUGAAGAAGCUCAGAAAAAAGCUCUCCUCAAUGAUCUAAGCAAGGAAUCCGUCGAAGCAAUAGCUAAAUUCAAUUACAUAUCUGAAAAAUGGUCUGAAAUAAACAACUAUAAGGAACCAGUAGUUAUGUUUAAUCAACUGGAAAAUCAAAAGGAACGCAUUCAAGAGCUUAUGAAAAGCAAAGAUAAUAUAAUUGAGAAGUGUCAACAAGAAAUAAAUCGUGUGAGCGAUAAGUACUAUGCUGACCAAGAGAAACAGUCUGCUGAAAUUUGUGUUUUGGUUGAGAGAAUUGACAAUCAAGUUGAACUCAUAAAAAAAGCCUAUAAGAACCAUUUGGAGCUUCUACAAGAUGCAAUCGAAGAGGAACGUCUUGCUAUGGCAAAAUCGGAAUGUGUACAAUGGGAUGAGCUUUUCGAUACGUUAAGAACGUUUGAAACACGCAGAACUGAGAUUGAGAAGAGCAAGGAGAAAGUCUACGUGGAUGAAUUAGAAAAAAAUUGCAGAGAUCAGCAGGAAAUUACACGAGAAACUAGAAUACGUCUAGAACGUGACGCAGAAGCUCUUCAACUUGAAUUGAGAAGCACACAAAAUAACGUUCUAAUGAAUUCUGAAAAACUUGAUUAUAAUUAUCAGGUGCUAAAAAAACGAAAUGAGGAGAAUAUUGUCAUAAAUAAUCAACAGAAACGAAGACUAGCAAAGUUUAAAGAAACAAUAAGAACACUGAAAACUAAAAUUCAUUCAAUUAAUGAAAAGGCACAUGUUUCCGUUAAAACCGUGUCAGCGGAUGUAGAAAAACUUUACACAAAUGUAUCGGAUCUGGAAAUAAUGGCACUUCAAUUCAACCAAACAAAUAAAAAACAGUAUCGUCAAGUCUGGGCUAUAAAUUAUCAAGAAGCACUUUCACUGUCCAAAAGAAUUUUUGAAAUAGAUCGGUUAUUGCAUAUUCAACAGUUAGGAGUAGAUUGGGUCCCGCAGGAUAUUGAGGAAAUCUUACGUUGUGCAGUUGAUAAUGCACGCCGCGAAGAAAAUCUUAAUAACGAAAACAAACAAAAUUCUUCAAAAGUUGAAACGAAAUCCGCUUCACAACAAACUGCCGAAAUACGUCUUUUGCGAAGUAUCGUCAGGAAGAUAUCUGAUCGUGCUGGAUUUUUAAUUGAAGAAAAACUGAUUAAAAUUCUGGAACCAUACACUGAUGAGGAAAAAUGUCUUGUUCGCAUAGAUAGUAUAUUUAAUGCUUUGAAAAUUGGGGAGUAUAGAGACAUAACAUCUUUGAUCGAUUAUUUUCUUCCAUACUCGUGGUGUCCUAACUGUUCAAAUGCCCAACAUAGUGAAAUUACUCCAACAUUAAUAGAAUAUGAAGAAAUUAAAAGUCAACGAGGACGAAUUUCUCUUGCGUUGGAAUUAGAAAAGGCUUUGAAUGAUACAACUUCUACAACGAUUUCAGUAUCUGACUUAUGCUCUCUUUCAAGUGAUGAUGUUGAUCACAAUAUCACUUCUAUUUUGACAUCAAAAAAGGAAUUAGUCAGACUCGGAAAGAAAAAUACAGCAGAGAAUGUAUGCUCCAAUCAUUACUUGGUCAUUAAAUCAGCUUUUGUCUUGACGGCUCUACGAAAAUUUACCGAAAGUUAUUUUAAAAAAAAUGAGGCUGCACAUUUAGGAAGGUCUGAAAGAGCUAUUAUCAGAUGUUCAAAAGUUGAUGGACGUUUGGCGAUAGAUUCAAUGGCGAAGUGUUGGCUACCCUUUCAAAAAGUUAUGACUGAAGAAAACCAAAAAUUGUGGAAAACUCUGGAGCAUGGCUUGGAUCAUUAUUUAGAUGUUCUAAAAAAAAGAGAACAACUCGAUAUGGAUUGUGAGUUCUUAAGAAGACAAAACAAAGAAUUGCAACACCUCUUACAAAAACGUAUCCCAUCGGCUAUUUAAUUUGUUAGCAUAUUUGCAUUUUAAUUAAUUGCAAAAAAUUAAAAUAAAAGAACAGCAUUACAA